AUGGCGACUAGGCAGGAAAAGAAUGACAUUGACCUUGCCAAAGAUGAAGUUGUCGAAUCGGAGUUUGGAGGGCAGGCAGCCUAUUAUGUCCCCAAAACCAAGAUGAGGAAUGUUUGGUACGUCCUGAUGGUUGGUACGGGACAGAUUGCUGGAGGUGGCGCCAACGCAGUCAUUGCCACGACGUUAGCCCAGCCGACGUUUGUGUCAAAGAUGUCUCUCGAUGGCCCAAACUCGAAUUCAUUGAUGGGAGGGACCAAUGGAAGCUUUUAUGCUGGUGGGUUCUUUGGUGUCUUCUUCGCAGCAUGGGCGUGCGAUACUUUCGGCCGGCGGAAGGCUAUGUGGCUCACCGGCGUGCUGAACAUAAUCUCUUGCAUUCUCUGUGCCUCUUCUGUCAACAUCGGCAUGUUCAUUGCCGUCCGAUUCAUCGCCGGGUUCGCCGCCUGCCAAUAUGUGAUGCAAACACCUCUAUACCAAUCAGAGAUCGCCCCGCCACAUCUCAGAGGACUUCUUGUCGGGACAUUUGGCAUUUUCAACGUUCUCGGAUACAACAUCGCAAAUUGGUCGGGUGUUGGGUUUUACCACGUCAAAGAUUCCAACAUCGCCUGGCGCAUGAUUUUUGUCAUGGUCGGCGGACUGGCCAUCAUCAACAUGAUCCUUGUCUACUUCUGUCCAGAGUCUCCUCGGUGGCUUGUCAUGAAAAACCGGCAGGCUGAAGCCGAGCAAGUCAUUCGGCUGAUCCAUGGCGACAGCGGCGACGAUACCUUUGUGAAACUGGAGACCAUUCAGAUCGAACGUCAAGUGGCUACCGAAAGAGAACUCAAUGUCUCAUAUAUCCAGAUGUUUGCGGACAAGAGAUGGAGACGUCGUACACUUCUGUGCUGCCUCAUCGGCACAGUAGGUCAGUCCACUGGAGUCCUUGUUAUCAACAAUUAUGGGCCAUAUUUUUACUCGAUUCUCGGAAUGUCGACUCUGCAGCAGUUGUAUCUGGCCGGCGGAUACGUGCUCCUGUCAUUGACUGUUGCGACCAUCGGCGCAUUCGGCAUCGACAAACUUGGCCGCAUCAAAAUAAUGGUCUGUGGUAUUGCAGGACAGGUGGUUAUAUUAUGCAUCGAGACAGCCAUUGUCGCCCAAUACGCGGGCACGGCCAAUCGCUCCGCCAACAUUGCUGGUAUCUGGGCCUUUUUCAUGUAUUGUGCCGUCUACGGACUUACCUGGGAUUGCACGCCGUACGUGUAUGUCUCAGAGAUUAUGCCCUCUCACUUGCGCGCGAAAGGUGUAACCCUAUCUAUCGGAUGCUUGUACUUGAGCGUAUGUGCUCUGAUUACCGGCGCUUUGUAUGCCUUUGGUGAUAUUGGAUGGAAGUACUUCCUUGUAUUUAUUUGCGCUGGCCCAGUAGGUGCCUUGCUUAUUUGGCUUUAUGGACCAGAGACGAAGGGUAAGACUUUGGAAGAGAUCGGCGGCAUAUUUGGUGAUGAGCUCGCUAUACCAGAGCUGCAUGCUACAGAUGAGUCUCAUAUCACACAGAAGAGAGCAGCCUAA